CCAUGAACGUCCUCUAGGGUCUGUCACCUGCGAUGAACAACCACACCCCCAGCACAGGUCCUUCUUCCUGGACAUGAUCCACUCUUCAAAGGAAGCAAAGAUCCAGAUGUAAGAUACUCGAGUGUUCCUACCUGAGUUUGGCCAUUUCGACCAAAGCAAAACCGCAGGCCCUUGGAACACGGCUUUUUUCAUCAUCAUAAAACGCCGCCACAUCGCUUCUUGACAAGAUACCAGCCACUCUAUCAAGCGCAGAAAGGAAACAAACAUCGCCAUGCUCAAGCAAGACAAGAUGGACAAGCGACAUGGUCGUUCUUGUCCAGAGACUGGACAGCGCUGGAAAUAGCACAUGAUCACGUGUCCCAGGCUAAUUGUGCACGGUGCGUGAGAUAAGCCGCCUAUUGGCCACCAGCGUCUUGGACGAAAGUGGUCAUUUGCCUGCCGAUACCAGUGCCAAUGUGACUACCACAGGAAGGAAAUCGGUCUUCUUGGGGCAGGUACCAAUGAGGACUGAUGCAGUCAUGCAGAACCUCUUUUCUUCUUUCCUAUCAGCUACGAUCCUUUCAACAUGUUCUCCCAUUACUGCACCGCCUUUGCUGUGCUCUUGGUCCACUCGCUUAGGUUGCCAGCUUGAGUCCUAACAAGUCCGGUCGACCACCAAGUGGAUAUAAGUUACGAGGUUUCUCUGUCUAUAUGACAUAGACGUAGGAAAACCCCUUGAGCACUGCGUCUUUCAUUUCAACUCUUUCUUUCAGAAUGUUACGACUUGCCCUUGUUUUCCCGCUGCUGGCUGUCACUACUCAUGCUCAAACGACCGAUUACAGCCAAUAUGUUAAUGUUUUCACGGGAACCGAAGGUGGGGGAAAUAAUUUCCCAGGUGUUGCUCGGCCAUUUGGAAUGGUGAAGCUGGGACCUGAUCUUCUUGUCACUGGUGUCGAUUCCUACAGUGGUUACCUUCCCAAUGGCAACUUCUCUGGGUUUUCAAUGAUGCACGAGCAGGGAACUGGUGGGGCUCCCAAGUAUGGAACAGUUGCUCAACUGCCUUUAGUGGGAAACAUCAGCAACCCUCUUUCCAGUAUUACUGUAGGAAGAGCAGCAACUGAUGAAGGAUCUGUUGGCUACUACAGAGCUCAGACCAGUGAUCGCGUGAUUGUCGAGCUUGCGGCUACAUCCCGUGCGGGCAUGUAUCAGUAUACAUUUCCAUCAUCUGGCCCAGGUAACAACAUCUUGAUCGAUGUCAGUCAUGUGGUCCCCUCUUUCAGAGGCCAAGGACUUGGUCAGGGAUACGCUGGCGGCCAUUUCACCAUCAAGCCAGACGGGCACUAUGAGGCUUCUGGUAUCUACAACAAUGGAUGGAACCGGUCCCCAAACUGGACAAUCUACUCAUGCGGUUACUUCAACGUUACACCUUCCGCGGCAAACGUCUUUUCGGGCACUGCAGCAGGAGGAAGUGUGGUCCAACCCUCAGGCUCGGUCAACUCAUCAUCCUCCACUGACUACGUUGGUGGCCUGUUCACCUUCGAUACUUUGAUCGUCUCAUCUCGAGUAGGCAUUUCCUGGAUCUCAAAUGAGAAGGCAUGCCAGAAUCUGAACGACCAGAUCCCAGAAGGGACGCCGUUCUCAACAGUCGUUCAAGACACCAAAACGGUCUGGGAUACCGAGAUUCUCUCCAAGAUCACGACAACCACCACCAACACCACGAACCUAAACCUGUUGUAUACAUCUCUCUAUUUCAUGAAUCUUCUACCGACGAACCAGACUGGCGAGAACCCUGGUUGGACAUCAUCUGAGCCAUACUACCAAGACGUUUUCACAUUCUGGGAUACCUUCCGCUGCUCGACAGCGCUGAUGCAGGUCAUCACUCCUGUCGCAUAUGAAGAAUAUAUUCGAGCCAUGAUCGAUAUCUACAGAUUUGACGGAUACAUGCCAGAUGGUCGAUCUUCUAAUUACAAUGGUAGAACUCAGGGUGGUUCGAAUGCCGACAACGUUUUAGCGGAUGCAUACGUGAAAGGAAUUCGUGGCCAGGUAAACUGGAACGACGGAUAUGCCGCGAUGGUCAAGGACGCUGAAGUCACGCCUCCAAACACCAACCCUCCCGACCCCAUGGCUCCAGAUUCGUCUACCAAAGAAGGUAGAGGAGCUCUUCCAGACUGGUUGAAACACGGUUUCAUUACACCAACCUACAGUAGAGCCGCAUCUCGGGCCGUCGAAUACGCCUACAAUGACUUCGCACUCUAUCAAGUUGCGAAAGGUCUUGGAAAAACCGAAGAUGCAGCCAAAUACCUCAACCGGUCUCGAAACUGGAGAAAUCAUUGGAAUCCAGAUGCCACAUCUCUGGGCUUCUCUGGUUUUGUCGUCCCCAGAAACUUGACCUCAUUCAUCUCUGUCGAUGCUCUCAAUGCUGGAGGGUACUGGGGAGACCCAUACUACCAAGCUAGCGCCUGGGGAUAUUCUUGGGCUGACGUUCAUGACUUUGGAAAGAUCGUCAGUUUGAUGGGUGGUCCCGAUACUGUGCUUCGCCGUCUCGAAACAAUGUUCACAGUCGGUGCCAAUCCCAGUAAUCCUAAUGGCAUCAUUCAUGAUGCGACAAACGAGCCAACUUUCAACGUCCCUUAUCUCUUCAACUACAUCAAUCCCCAAGACCGCUCCGUCUUUCAAGCCCGUGGCGUCGCCAAACGCAACUACAACACAGGUGUCCGUGGUCUCCCAGGAAACAGCGAUGCCGGCGCCAUGCAGACCUGGCUUCUCUGGAAUAUGAUUGGUCUCUAUCCCAUCACUGGGCAAACCACAUUCCUCAUCCAUUCUCCGUGGUACGAGUCCAUGACUAUCGAUCUCGGCACGGGCAAGAUCUUGAAAGUGACGAGUACCGGUGGUGAUGGCAAUGGGGAUUCGAAUAUCUACGUGCAGAGUUUGAAGGUUAAUGGGCAGGUCUGGACCACGAAUUGGCUUACUUGGGAUGAUGUCUUUGCGAAUGGGGGGACGAUGGAGUACGUUCUGGGUGCUGAACCGGUUCAAUGGGCGACUGGGCCGGUGCCACCGAGUCCCGGGACAGAACUUCAAUCUUGUAAUGGCGACAACUGCCUGCGCAACCUCCGAGACAAUAAAUACAAAGCACAAGCCUCCUCAUUCUGCGCCACCUAUCUAGCACGCACCAUCUCAGCAGUGACUGCGAUUCCUACUUUUGUAGGGAACUGUGGACAGCAGCCGAGUAAGGUUAGUUCGGCUUGUAGCUGUUUGAUGACUGGGACUGCGGCUUUGACGACGCAGGCUGCUGCGGCUUGAGGGAUAAUAGUGAUAGGGAAGUUGAGGGUGAAUGAGGGUAGACAGCAGCAAACUACUGGAAUCUGGAGUCGUCUCAAGGACGACUGCUUGGCAUCCAGGACUUGGAGUGGUGAGGGUUGGAGGGAUGCUCCUGAGAUUGGGAGUUCUGCGCGACAUUAUAAAAUAAGACUAUAAAUA